UAAAAUAUGUUUACCCAUUUUAGUCAUUCAUUCUGCCGUGAGACAUGCAAGGGAUUACACUGAUCACCCAUACUAAUCAAUCUUCGUGAACGAAUUCGCGAGAUCUCAACAAGUUGAUGAAACAUUUCCAGGCAUUUUUGGAACUUGUACAAGAACUGGUACAAUCCAUUGAAUUGAGUACAUGACGUAGAGUUUGUUUCUACUGUCAGAAUUGAUAUCAGAAAAGGAUAGAGUCAGAGGAAAAAAAUACUGUAUAUAACUUAAACUGAAUCUAAGCACCAACUACAAAGGAAGUCAAUUUGAGCGUUGUAAAAAGGUGUCAAAGACUUACAGCCAAGAUGUCUAAUUCUUCGAAGGCUUACUACGAACAAUGUCUAUUCCUUGGCAUAUCAACUGACUUCAUCGUAGAUUACCGAUCUCUUUACAUGUCCAUGGUUGUGAUAAACGCUCUUAUCGCUCUACCUACGAUGUUUGGUAAUCUGGUCAUUAUCCUUGGAAUAUGGAUAACCCCUUCAUUACAAACUGUUUCAAACCUCCUGCUCAUUGGACUAGCAUGCUCGGACCUUGGGGUUGGGCUAAUUGUUCCUCCUCUGAACAUCGCAAGAAAUUUGCUCAAGCUUCAAAAUAAAAGCUGGUGCGAGGUCCAAGUUGCUUACACGUUUUUUGGCGUGAUGUUUUGUGGAGUUUCUUUUUUGACAGUAGCAGCUUUUACUAUUGACAAGUACUUGGCCCUUCACUGGCAUCUGCGUUAUGUAGCCAUAGUAACAACCCGGCGAGUCGUGUACAUUCUAGUAAGUUUUUGGUUCAUCUUUGGGGCGAUGUCGACGAUACAGCUAUGGAGCAUGACGGCUUAUCGUAUUAGCGUCUGCGUCGUUAUUCCUGUGUUCCUUCUUGGGACUUCGUUUACAUACAUGAGUAUUUACCGUGUACUUCGACGACACAACUCUCAGAUCCAAACCCAAACGAAAAUAUCUGCACCGAACAGAGCCAACGGCGAGGCUCACUGUCUUAACAUGUCUCGAUAUCGUAAAUCAGUUUCUAGCAUGUUUCUGGUUUAUUGUUUGUUUAUAUUAUGUUAUAUUCCAUACAUUUGUGUGCAGUUUACGAUUCUUUUUACCCAGCUGUCCUUCUACGCGAGCGAUACCCCAAUCGAUGGAAACAACCACACAAGGUUGUACCUGGCCGUUGAUAUUACAGAAACUGUUGUGAUUGUUAACUCUUUUGCUAACCCUAUAAUCUAUUGCUGGCGAAUGAGAGAAAUAAGACAUGCAGCCAAACGGAUUGUGAUGUCUCUUCGCUUUGGCACUAUUGUACACCCGAUUAAUGAAUCUGGGACAUUCACGGGGACGGCAUAAAAGCCUUUCUAUCUUUAUUCAUCCGUGGAGCGGGCUUUGUAAAAUGUAUUCGACAAGGACUAUCUAUAUAGUUUUGUCCUUUAGACAUUCUUGGUAGUUAAAUAGAAGCCUUGAAGAAAAUAAUAUGGCAAUAGCGUUUUUUGUGUCAAUUAUCAUUUGACUUUUGCGUGGAAAAGACACAUGUCGUCAAAGAAAAAGCCAUUUGAAGUUUCGUCGUAUAUAACUGUAUAGAUGAAGCCAAUAGGCCACUUACAGCUCAAUAUCGUGUAUUUAUUUGCAAAAUCAUACUGGGAUCAACAGGACAUUUAGGAUGUAGAACACAUGUCGUCAAAGAAAAAGCCAUUUGAAGUUUCGUCGUUUAUAACUGUAUAGACGAAGCCAAUAGGGCACUUACAGCUCAAUAUCGUGUAUUUAUUUGCAAAAGAAUACUGGGAUCAACAGGACAUUUAGGAUGUAGAACAACAGAAAAGGCUUUUUUAAUGCCUUUCAUGCUGACAAUGUAAUUAACGAAUUUAAUUAACUUUGUGCCAAAUUGUACAAAAUGGUGUAUUAAGGACACUAUUCAAUGUGUUUUUCCUAAUGUAAUAAAACUGAGUUUACAUGAAGGAAAUCUGUGUCAUUCGCAUGUUUGUGUAAACAAGCUCUUCAUUUUAGUGUAAGGUAAAUAAAGUCAGGAUAGAAUUUAAAAUGAGAAUUUUGAAUAUUUUAUUUCUUUAGAGCGUGAAAGACGAGAUUUUCCGGUCAAAAUAUGACAGGUGUCUUGCUGUUUAGAGGGAAAAUAGUGAAUUAUGAUUGCUCGAAAAAUGUACAAAAAGAACUGAAAAUAAAUAUACUUCACAGAGAGAAUAAAUGGUUAUUACUAAUAAGAAUAGCGAGUUGUGAUCUUUGAUAUUAUGUAGGAUUACAAUAAUAAACAAAAGAAAGAAGCUAAAAACUAGCUGUGAGGAGUGUCGUG